AAACUAAGGCCUCAUUAUUUGAAGCUUGAAGGAAUAUUGUUGACUGGCUGUGACAGUUUAAAAUUUGAAUGCGCCAAAGGUUAGGACCGUAGAAGACGGAGGGUAAAUUCUGAUUAAUUUCCCAACAUCAAAAAUUCAUAGGAAAUAAACAUGUCACCACGAGGACCAAAACAAUCCCGUCUGACACUUGUUGGCAUGGCUCCAGAAUUGAAGCUCCGACAGUAUUGGAUACCGAAGGAUUUGCGUAAAGUUUUUGAGAACGGGAUGAAACACUUUCCGGGAAUUGAUAAUAAACAGGAAAUUUAUUUGGAAAAGGUAAAAAAAGUGAUCAGUGAGAGGGAUAUUCAAUCCCCUUCUUACAUCGACAACCUGAAAAUGCUGUUAUACAUGGAAGAGUAUAAUAGAGAACUUGAAAUGAAAAUGUACGAUCUGGAAAAGCAAAAAAUAAAAAAAUGCCCCAACGGAAAAGAGUUUCUAAUUUACGUGCCAGGAUUGAGCGAAGAUCGGCCGUCAUUGCAGUUAUAUGAUGAAGUUCUACUGCGUAAAUCAGGCAACAGUGAUUAUUGCUUUUCAACCAUUACUUUCAUCGGUGAGAAAUAUGUGAAAAUCGAAUCGUCGGCCAAAUUUGCUAAGAAAUUUAAUGAAGAAGAUCUGUAUGAUAUUAAAUUCUUGUUACCAAGGAGAACUUUGCAGUGUUGUCACUAUGCCGUUGAAUUGGUUGAAAUAAAUCAGCUGGUGCCUGCUUUGUUCCCAGAAAUCAGAACCUCCUAUAACAACUUAUCCAAAGAACUUAGUUGGUUUGAUAAAAAUAUUGCUACUAAUACCAAACAGAAGCAAGCGAUUCGUAACAUCGUCGCUAGAACGGCCCAUCCAGCUCCUUACAUUUUAUUUGGUCCUCCUGGAACUGGAAAAACAGCAACCCUAGUUGAAGCUAUUUCUCAAAUAUGGAAACUCAACCCUUCGAAUCGUAUCCUGAUUUGCACACCAUCAAACGCAGCUGCGGAUGAACUUUUGAAAAGAUUAUUGAUAAACGUCCCCGAGCAAGACAUUCAUCGCAUGUAUGGGUCGUCACGAAACUGGGAUGACGUAGACGAAGAAAUUCAACCGUGCUCUAACUUUGUCGAUGGGGAAAAAAUAUUUUUACCAAAGGAACUCUUCAUAUUGAGGCGUAUUGUAGUGGUUACUCUCGUGACAUGUGCUAGAUUACUCGCGUUGAAAUUGUGGGAAAACCAUUUUGCUUACGUGUUCAUAGACGAGGGAGGCCAGGCAACAGAACCUGAAACGUUAAUUCCCUUAGGUCUCAUGAGCAGUGCAGAUUCUUCCCAUAAGGGACGCCUUCAAGGUCAACUAGUUAUAGCUGGUGAUCCAAUGCAGCUGGGGCCAAGCAUUUCUAUGAGAACACCGCAAAAAUUAGCAAAAUCGAUGUUGGAACGACUGAUGGCACAAUGUUCACCAUACAAAAGAGAUCAGUCUGGAAACUAUAACCCAAAAUACAUUACAAAACUUGUACAAAACUUCAGAAGCAAUAAAUUUAUACUGCACGUACCUAACACCCUUUUCUAUGAUGGCGAGCUUCAGCAGUGUGGAAAAAGUGCAGAUAUAAAUAGAGGGCUGGGUUUCAAAAAAUUGAUAAACAAAUCCUUUCCUCUUAUUUUUCAUGCUGUAAAUGGGCAUGAAUGCAGAAAUUCCAACUCACCGAGUAUAUGCAACAUGGCAGAGGUGGACGUAAUAAUGGUAUACCUUGAAAGUUUGAUUGGUACUAAACUCGGAGGUCGCAAAUUAGAACAAAAAGAUAUUGGUAUUGUCACACCAUAUAAACUCCAAAGAAAUAAAAUACAUCAAGAGUUAGAAAACAGAAAUUGGGACGAAGUAUCUGUGGGGACUGUAGAAAUCUUUCAAGGCCAAGAAAGGGACGUCAUUAUUAUGUCUACAGUGAGAUCGCUUAUGGUCAAACACAACGGAAGGGAACAUCUUGGCUUUCUAUCAAAUCCCAAGAGAUUCAACGUAGCUAUUACAAGAGCAAAAUCUCUACUUAUUACAGUGGGAAAUCAACGUAUCCUACAGGUCGACCCCUACUGGGAUAAGCUGAUAACUUAUUGCAAGGAGAAUAAUGCGUACACUGGUGCGCGUUUUUAUCCGAAACAAAAACUUACAAACGGACAGAAAAAGAAACUCAUUGCCAAGAAAUAUGUUCCACAGCCAGUUACUGAUCAAGAUUUCCAAUUCCCAGACAUAGACACUUCAGUCAUUCACAAAUUUAACAACUGCCAAUUCUCAGAGAAUCUUGUCCCAAGAAGGAGAGGACGCAUGCCGAGAGUGAACAUAGACCUCAACUCUUCUCCUCAAUUCACGUCUGAUUCUGGUGUAACCAGCACGUCAAACAGCAGUUCAACACCGGAUUCAGAAUUACAGGAUACAGGUAGCAAUUUUUCAAGUACCGAUGGACAUAUGCCACCCAGUAAAAGUGACAGCUUAUCUUCAAUCUACGAUUCAUCACCAGUGGACGCAGUAUUAAAUAUUAGAUCAAUCAAAGAUAUUCUCGAUAUUAGUUUCGAUCUUGAUGAUUCGAAUGAAUCUACGACUUCUAGCAAUGAAUAUGACCUUGAUGAUGUGUCUCUGGGAUUAGAGAAAAUACGGUUAUCGGACGUUUAAUGUAUAAACAAAAGUGAGUGGAAUUUGAAAUGUGAUGUUGAUACAUUAUUUCACUGAAAUCACGAUGGUUCUCAUGAAGUUACGUUUACUGUUUCACUGAUUGAGUAUUCAUUUAUGAUGAUGUCUCACGAUAAUAUUUUAAAAA